CAGUUGUGGGAGUCUCAUUGUUUCCCUCACCUAUCACAGUGAAUGUCUUACAGACUUUCAGAAAUUUCAGCUUUUGGUAUUGAAAGUAGAAGAUGGCAGAUAAACUCCCUUCAGAAUUCGAUGUGAUUGUUAUCGGAACUGGUUUGCCUGAGUCCAUUGUUGCAGCUGCUUGUUCAAGAAGUGGCCAAAGUGUUCUACAUGUGGAUUCAAGAAGUUAUUAUGGAGGAAACUGGGCUGGUUUCAAUUUUUCAGAACUAUUAUCUUGGAUAAAAAAAUAUCAGGAAGAGAGUGAUGUUGGGGUCGAUUGGGCAGCAUGUCAAGAGCUAAUACUGGAAACAGAAGAAGCCAUUGUUCUUACAAAGAAAGAUCAGACCAUCCAACAUGUAGAAGUCAUUUGUUAUGUCACUCAGGAUUCAGAUGAUCACAUUGAAAAAGUUGGUGCUUUGGAGAAGAAUCCUGUCUCUGUGAUGUCUCCUAGACCAAAUGACCCUCUAAUCACAAUGUACACAGCUUGCUCUGAUACAUCUGAAUUGCCAUUACCACACAGUGAGUCAGAGACUGCACUAGAAGGCCCUGAAGUAGAUGUGAUGCUAGAGAAAGAAUAUCAUGAAAAUUAUACAGAAUUUAGCCAGUCAGCCUUGGAGCCGGAAAAAGCUGAAAAUGUACCAAUCAUAGAAGAUGUUGCUGCUACACCCAAGAAGAAAAGAAUUACUUACUCCCAAAUUAUUAAAGAAGGCAGGAAAUUUAAUAUUGAUUUGACCUCUAAGCUUCUUUAUUCUCGAGGAUUGUUAAUUGACCUUCUAAUCAAAUCAAAUGUUAGUCGUUAUGCAGAGUUCAAAAAUGUUACUAGAAUUCUUGGAUAUCAAGAAGAGAAUGUGCUACUGGUACCUUGCUCCAGAGCAGAUGUUUUUAAUAGCAAAAAACUCACUAUGGUAGAAAAAAGAAUGCUGAUGAAAUUUUUGACAUUUUGUUUAGACUAUGAACAGCACCCUGAUGAAUACAAAGCUUAUGAGGAAAGUACCUUUUCAGAAUACUUAAAAACUCAAAAACUGACACCCAACCUGAGGCACUUUGUUCUUCAUUCCAUGGCAAUGAUUUCAGAAACAUCCAGCAGCACCUUAGAUGGCCUCAGAGAAACGAGGAACUUUCUUCAAUGUCUUGGGCAAUAUGGCAAUACUCCCUUUUUGUUCCCAUUGUAUGGUCAAGGAGAAAUACCCCAGGGUUUCUGUAGAAUGUGUGCAGUAUUUGGUGGAACAUAUUGUCUUAACCAUGAAGUACAGUGCCUUGUAGUAGACAAAGAAUCUGGAAAGUGCAAGGCAAUCAUAGAUCGUACUGGUCAGAGAAUAAAUGCUAAGUAUUUUAUUGUUGAAGAUAGUUGCCUUUCUGAGAAAACAUGUUCAAAUGUGACCUAUAAGCAGAUAUCGAGGGCAGUCCUGAUCACAGAUCUAUCUAUACUGAAGGCAGAUUCUGAUCAGCACAUUUCCAUUUUGACAAUGCCAUCAAUAGACCCAGGGUCUGCUCCUGUCCGCCUCAUUGAGUUGUGCUCUUCAACAAUGACAUGCAUGGAAGGAACAUAUCUUGUCCAUUUGACUUGUGCAUCCUCAAAAAAAACAGCAAGAGAAGAUUUAGAAUUGGUUGUACAAAAAUUAUUCACCCCAUAUACUGAAGUGGAGCUGGACAAAAGGGAACAAGAAAAGCCAAAUCUUCUGUGGGCCCUCUAUUUCAACAUGAGAGAUUCUUCAGGCAUUAAUAGAGACUCCUAUAGUGACUUACCUUCAAACAUGUACAUCUGCUCUGGACCAGACUGUUUUUUGGGAAGUGAGCAUGCUGUUAAACAGGCUCAAACAUUUUUUCAGCACAUCUUGCCAAAUGAAGAGUUUUGCCCCCCUCCACCAAAUCCUGAAGAUAUUAUAUUUGAUGGAGAUAGUGGGCAACCAGAAAUUCUUGCAUCCAAGCCAGACACUGCUGAAGAAGUCACAGGCCAAAGAAACCAAGAAGAACAUGCUCCUGAAUAGAUGACACAUAGAUAGGGAGCCCUACUUCAAAAACUGUAUCCAGUGGUCAAACUGUCUUAAUUCAAGAAAAGUUAGGAAGACUGAAAAGCAAGUCACCUUGAUUUACAAAAUUACAACAUAUUAAAAAACAAAAAAAAAAACAAAAACAGAAGAGUUUUUUUCCUCGCUUGAAGAAGGGAUACAAAGUCAAGCCAUUCUUCUAAAACACAUUUUUUCUCCCUGUUUUAAGAUGUCAAAAUUUUUGAAUGGACAGCUUUAAUUUUAUAAUGUUUUAUCUUCCCAGAGUAACACUAAUCAGGAUAAGGGAUCUGAUGAAUCUGUUACAUAAUAUUCAGUUAGUUUUUCUUUUACUUCCUUUGGCAUCUUUAGAAGCACCAAGAUAUGUUUACUAUUGAUGUUUUCCAGAAACCUUUAUACUUGAGUUAAUAAGAGAGUUAUCUUACUAGCUAAUAGUAUAUUGUUUAAGAAGAAUGGUUAUCUUCAUGCUUGAAUAUUUUUUCCCCCUCAGGAGGAAACCUCAGUAACUGGGAUCAGAAGCAGCAACAGCUUUAAGAAAAAGUUUUGUGUGUGUUUCUGGGCACUGAAAAAAAAUAAUGGGGUAGACUUGGCAGGAGUAGCCAUGGCUAGUUCCUUAAAAAAUUGUUUGCAAAGUUACUUUUACAAAAUCACAUGGAAAAAUAGAUCAUGAAAAAUAUUGUUAUCUUAUUCUCUUCAAAUAAAUGAUGUGGCAUUCAAUAAUAAGCAUAAUUUUAUUUGAGGCAACUAUGUAGUGCAGUGGAGUUAGGAAAGCGUGAGUGAAAUCCUGAGCAAGCCACUUAACCUUUGUUUGCCUCAUAUUCCUCACAAAGUUGUUGUGAGGAUCAAAUGAGAUAAUGUUUCUAAAGGCACGUAACACAGUAGCACAGCACUACAUCUAACAUGUAGUAAGCAUGAUAUAAAUAUUUAUUUCUUACUUUCUGUUUCAAAUGUUGAUGGCUUCUAUACACGAGCAUUUCUAUAACUCUACCAUUCUUUAAUAGAAGGUUAUCCAAGAUGUAAAACAAGACAUUUUUUCCAAACCUUACUAAUUAAAAAAUAAAAUGACAAACAAAAUAAAAGAUUAAUUCCCAGAGAUAGAGCCAUAGAGAAAUAAACCAUUGCUUCCACAGGAUAAGAAACCAAGAAAAACAAUGUAACAGUAUUAGGAAUUAACAAUGGAGAAUGCUAAUCCUUAUUGUGAUCACUGAAUAUCCCUGUCCCAUUAGCCUAGGAUUUGCAAGUAACCCAAUGAAUUGUGCUCUGAAAUUACUCAGUAAUUCUCUUACUUAUGUCUUUUGCCAGUAUAUGUCACCCCUGUCCUUAACCCAGUAUCUAUUAGCAGACCUUUAUGUAGAGAGGAAAACAAAAAACAAAAAACAAAACCUACAGCUAAGAGGAUAGGGCUUUGGUUUUGCUCAGACACUCUCCAGUUUAGGAAACUCCAAAAUGUCAGAAACUCUGCCCGUAUCUAUCAUCCAAUCACCUUUCCCAAACCUCCAUAUAAUACUAGUCAUGAUUCAGUACAACCAGAAAAAUUUUAAAAAUGGAGAGAACUGAAUCAAGAAGUAUGUACUAGGCCUGAAAGAGAAUUGGAAUAUAACUAAAGUCAGUUCAGUCCUCAAGGAAGUUACUUGGAGUAAAUUCUAAAGAUCAGUGAAAGUGAAUUCCCUAACUUGGGAGGAGAUGAAAGACUAGGUUCUAACAACCUGUCUGCCAGUGACAAUGCAUCUCCCCCAAAAGAAUGUCAGCUCCUUAGGGGCAGGGACUGAAUUGAGUGGGAAACACCCUAUUCUGUUAAACAUUUGAUAGCCUCAGCCUUUCUUACCUCAUUUUUUUUUUUAAAGAAACAGUGUUUUAGAAACCUCAGCCAAUGAGUAAAGAAUCUAGGGGAUUGGGAAGGGAAGCUCUUGUUGGGGAAUAAAAAAGUAUGCCCUUUGCCUGAAUGUGUGUUUCUCUCUAAAACUAGGCUUUGUGUGUCAGAGACUGCACCCUUUCUCAUGAAAAAGAAAAAUAUUUUCCUGCAAUCAUAUUCAGACUUCUGGUUGUUUUAGUGAUUGCUACUGUCCCACAUGAUGCAAAUAUUGCAAAUAUCUCCAAAUCAAUAUUAGCAGACUAAGCAAAUUGAUGCUUGAUGAAACUGAAUCUUCUAUAUUCCCAGGAGAAUAUGGAAUUGCUAAUUAUCAAAUAAAAAAAUGAAUAUAUGGUGGCUAUUCCCACCCUCAAAGCCAGAGACAAAAACAGAUUAUGAAUAGAAAUGUAAUCAAGAACAAGAUGAUGCAAAAAAAGCAAAACCCAGUAAUUUUCAAAGAAUACAUAGUCUACAUACAAGUAACAUAUGUUGAUCUCAAGGAAAAGAUGCACAUAAAAAAUUUAAAUAUUUUGUAAGCUCUCAGGAGAGCAUAUUUAAGUCAAAAAUCUGAACACUAAAUGCAAGAAACAAUACAAAAAACUGCCUUAAAUUUAUCAACCCAGAAAACAAAACAAGUCAAAAGAAUUCACAGAUCAUUUGCUUGAAGGAAAAAAAAUACAUGAUGCAAAUCCCCAGACAAAAGUUGUCAUUUCCAAUUUUGCUAGAGGCUCUGAGAAAGAUGUUGAAAUGUAAAGAGAAAAGUUAAAUUUGAAUAAGAUGAGACUAUUCCCUAUCCAUCAGGAACUAUAGAAGGGAAUGGAAUAAUAUAUUCUGAAAGGCAAAGAAAGCAAAGAUGCAACUUAAAAUGACAUACUUUAAACCUGAAUCUAAUCAUUAAUGACAAAACAAAUCAAUAUUAAACAAAAUAGAAUAAUUUGGAGAAUUACUGUCCUCAACCCUUCUUCCUCUUUCCUGUCCCCCUCCCAGAUACUCUAGAUAGGAGAUUAUUUGACUUUCAAAUACUACAAACAAUAAAAAUGCAAGAUAUGUAAAUGAAUGCAACUAAUAAGGAUAACAUAAGUAAUAGUGAAGUUAAUAAAAGAGCAAAAAUUAUACUAUAGAAGCCACUAAAACACGAUGAAUCAUAUAUUUUCUGAUUAUGAAUGUUAUGUAAAUUGUCCCUCUUUAACCUUUGAGGGGGCCCUGAAACUAUUUCCCCUCUAAUCUGUGAGAUAAAGGUGAUUGGGGUCUCAAGGUCUUCCCUGGGAGUGACACACUCUUUUGUCCUUAAAGGAAACUCCCAAGAUAAGUAAUCUCUUUUCAAUUGGAAGUCUAGGCCUGGGGCAUAAUCAACAUUGAGUGGCUCAAACUCCCAGUUAAGUGAUCUCCUUCAAUUGGAGAUCUCAGUCUGAUAGUCCUCUAUUGAGUGACUCAAACUGCUCCCAGUGGCUCAAACUCCCAGUUAAGUAAUCUCAUUCAAUUU